AUGGAGCUUCAAAGUCUGGGGCCAACGUUGCUCGUCGCGUUUCUGGCCUACAGAGCGUGCAUCUUCCUCUACAGGCUCCAUUUCCACCCUCUGGCCAACUUCCCCGGCCCCAGGCUGGCCGCAGUGUCGACGCUAUGGCGGGCAUAUCACCAGUUUUGGCGAGACGGCAAGCUACUGCACACGACCAAGGAGUUGCACAAGCGCUACGGUCCCGUCAUUCGCACCUCGCCAAACGAGCUUGACUUUUGCGACCCGGCGGCCUUUUUCGACAUUUACAACACCGCUUUCAACGGAAUCAAGGAUCCAGACUUUUACAACCAUCUUCGAGUCGAGUCCGACACCAUGUUGCUCGUCGACGGUGAUGCCGCCGAGCACAAGGCACGCUUCCGUCCGGUUGCCACACUCUUCUCGGCCCGCCAAUACGAGACGCAUCAAGCCAGCAUUGCGGCAAAGGUCCAACAAUUUACCAACCUUGUUUCUCUGUCUGCCGAGCGUCGACGCGUUUGCAGCCUCGCCGCGGGAUACCGCUCAUUGACAGUUGGCAUCAUGUACGACUUCAUCUUUACCGACGUCCCCGACCGUUUCAAGUCGCUUCGCGGCCCUGAUUUUGACGACCCGCUCACCGUCGCCUCUGCAGACUCCCUCAACUGGACGUCGUGGCUCAUCAGGAACUUCCCCAUCUUCUCCGCCGUGGUCAUGAAGCUGCCACCCGCCAUGGUGUCUCUGGUGACUCGCUCGUUUGAGGGGGCAAACCGCAUGUUCGAGAUACUAGCAGAGGUCGUCGAACACGAGAAGAACGCCAAAGGCCAGAACCCAGACUGCGUCACCCAACGCCUCCUGAACGAACAUGUUCGCCACAGGUCUGCAGUGUCGUCGGCCACUCCGGACUCGGUGGUCAGGUCCGAAGCCAUCGGUUUCAUGCUUGCUGGCACCGUUGAUCCGCCCAAUAUCCUAUCCCUGAGCACAUUCAUGGUCGCCCGAGAUCCGGCUCUCCAGGCGCGGCUUUACCAGGAGCUCAAGUCGUCGUGGCCUAACAUGCAGAGCCCUGUGCCUUCUUACAAGGUCUUACGAGGCCUUCCCCUACUCAGAGGUACAGUGCAAGAGGGCAUCCGCUUGACGCAUGGCGUGGCCACGGGGCCCCCUCGGCUCGUCGGCAAAGGCGGUGCUCGAGUUGCUGGCUACGACGUUCCCGCAAAGGCCGUUGUCGCAGCACCGUCCUACUUUGUACACAUGGAUCCCAAGGUGUUUCCGAAUCCCGAAAGGUUCGAACCGGACAGAUGGGCCGAUGACGACGGCUCCAACUCGCUCGUGGCCUUCUCCCGAGGCCGCCGCAUGUGCCCUGCCGAACAGUACUCGCUGAUGAUGCUAUACACUGCUCUCGCCGCUGUCUUCCGGCGAUUUCGAGUAGAGCCUUACGAAACGACGGUCAAGGAUUUUGAAUGGAAUCAGUAUAUUUCCAUCAUGUUUUCCGGUAGACCGCUGCGUGCCAUCGUCGAGAAGAGAUUAGAGAAGUAG